GGUGUCAAAACGGAGGUUACACUAUUUUGAAUUGCUUGUGACGUCACAAGCUGUCUACCAUUUGUUUGGAAAGCGCGCUGAAAUGCUUCUUAAAGGGUUGAGCAGUCAGAUACCGUGGAUGCCGAUUGCCGUAGCUGUGGGUGCAAUAAUAUGCACUGAAGUCAUCUGCAUUGCAAAAAAACAUUCGCGAAUCAAGAAAAAAACUGAAGAAGUCAUCGAUGUAAUAAUAUUUAAUGAAAACACGCGUUCUCAAGAUUUUCCAACUAGCGCAAUGGAGUCGAUGAUCAGUUACAUUAAUCAGGCUCAAUAUUCCAUCGACUUGGCCAUGUACACGUUCACCAACCUGGAAAUGUUCCAGGCAUUAAUGGAAGCCCACAUGCGUGGUGUCCGACUACGAAUUGUCACCGACCUGGUAAUGAUGACUUCAACCUUAACGAAAAUGAUUGAUUUUAAAAACGCCGGUUUUGAUAUUCGUUGUCCGUCCAGCAAAGUGAUGAUGCACCACAAAUUCGUGUUAAUCGAUGCACCCAAAGCUGCAAACGAUAUUAGUCUACAAAGGACCAGCAACAAGUUAAAGACAAGCACUUAUCGUAGCCUGUUGCUGAGUGGCUCCGUGAACUGGACGAAUCAGGGCUUCCACGGUAACUGGGAAAACUGUAUUGUCAUGUCACAGAAUGAUAAUCGUGUGAUAAUCGCAUAUGCAACAGAAUUCGAACGUAUGUGGAGCACAUUUCCAACAGUCUAAAAUUUGUAUUUCUUACAUCGAAUCUUAAUUCUAAGUUCAGCACACAUAAAAUAUGAUUUGUAACUAAUUGGCUUGCUGUUUUAAUUUAUGCAUGCGCCGCUCAAAUGUGUCCUUUAACGCUUUCAGGCGCUCCAUUUCUGAUCGCAUUUCAAUAUAUUCCAAAUAGGAGACCUCCGAUUUCAGCAAAAUUUCACUCUUCAACUUUAGCACGCGGUUCACUUCUUUCUGCUUGCGUUCCACAGCAGAAAUCUUCAUUGUUAAAGCAGAGUCCUUUCCUUUCUUCGCCAGCUUCGGCAUCUUUAAUAUUUCUACGCUUCUGUAA